UCAGCUCCAGGAGGAAGAGGAGGAGGAAGCAGUGAGCCAGAAGGUGCCUUUAAAAACACACAGACAUUUACUUCACUUUCUUGUAGUAACGCCGACACAUUUCACCUAGUUGUGAAAACCGCCAUGAAAGUUUAGCUAUUUUUUUUUUUUUAGCGAACAUGCGUGGAGUGUAGUUAGGCGGGGGGAAAAAGAUGGCAGAACACAACGAGACAGUGGUGUACUUAUCCGAGCAGGUGGUGGUGUUGUCGUCGUGCGCGCUGUCCUUUCUGGGCUCGUCGCUCAUCAUCUUCACUUAUAUUAGUUUGCCAGAUUUAAGGAGCACUCCGAGAAAACUGCUGCUUUUCCUCUCAGUGGCCGACUGGCUCUCUGCGGUCUCGUACGCCUACGGAGUGUGGAGAGUGUUCGGCUCCGACUCGCCGGACUGUGUUGCCCAAGGAGCGAUAUCCACCUUCGCCAAUACUAGCUCCUUUUUCUGGACAGUGGCCAUUGCUGUUUACUUGUACGUGUUCAUCGUGAAGUCCAAUCAAAGGGCUGCCGACAACAUGGUACUGCUCUUCCACCUGAUCAGCUGGGGGGUUCCCCUGGCCAUCACUGUUGCAGCCGUGUGCCUCAACAAGAUUGGCUACAAUGCUUCGGAGGUGUCCGUGGGCUGGUGCUGGAUCAGGAUCCACAGUCCCGACCGAGUCCUGUGGAUGCUCCUGACUGGGAAGAUCUGGGAAUUCCUGGCUUACCUCACCCUCCCGGUCCUCUACAUCCUCAUCAAGAGGCACAUCCACACAGCGCAUGCUGCCCUUUCUGAGUACCGUCCACUCUUGGCCAACAGGACGCCAUCGCACUCCUACUCCUCCAUGGCAGACACGAAGCUAACACUCAUCCCUAUUAUCUUCAUUGUGUUGCGGAUUUGGAGCACAAUACGCUUCAUUCUGCUGCUGGUUGGAUCGCCGGCCGGACAGAACCCUGUGCUGGUGACUCUACAUGGUAUUGGCAACACAUCACAGGGAGCAGCCAACUGCAUCAUGUUUGUGUUGUUCACCGCUCCAGUCCGGACACGCCUCCUCGCCACACUCUGUUGCGGCUGCUGUCAGGGCAAAGGAGAGAGCCAGCAGGCACUGGAUGCCUCUCACGGGCUGUUGCCGGGACGACACAGCUCAGGCCAGAAAGAGGACGCCACAACCACUGACAGGUGACGCUCGAUUGUGCUGACGAGGACAGAAAGUGGACAUUAAGACGGACUUGUGAAAAUGAUGGAAAUACCAUAUGCACUGCACACCACAGUAACCUUUAAAGAAUGUGGUGGCAUUUGUAAAAUAAUGAAAACACUCCAUGUCAUAUUAUUUAUGUUUAAUAAACUCAAAUAUUUCAGUAUGUGUCGUCAUGUUAUAGAAAUGAAUAGGAUAGCUAUUAGGUGCCUUUACUCUCACUGUUAUUGAAUGAAGCCAUGAGAGCCAUACAUCAUAUGAUGUUUUGGUCCCAAAUGGGAUGUGAGGACAUUUUCUGAUAAGACAAACAUUAAAUAUUGAUAGUCCCACCAGUCCCACCAGGCCUAAAAUAUAUGCAGUAGGGUCACUGCCUCCUGAAAAAAAAUAUGGUUUUGCAAAACAGUAUACUGUACUUUUACGCUUCCUGUCUCAUACUGAUAUGUAUAAAUACUCGGAAGAUGUACA